CGAAGGAGAGUUCCCUGCCCUGAGUCAGCUUGGGUGUGGGCAGGCUCCUGCUCUCUACAGCCCCGCCAUGCAUUGCAGGGCGUACUGGUUGCUGGAGAGAGAAUACCUAGAGCUGAAAGAGGAAAACCCCUACGGCAUAACUGCAUUUCCUCUCAGCAAUGAUUUAUUAAAAUGGGUAGCUGAAAUUAAAGGCCAGAAGAAGUCAAUUUGGGAAGGAUGUAAAUUCCCUUUGGUAAUGAAAUUUUCCCCGGACUACAACUAUUUACCUCCAGCUGUGGCAUUUAAUCCUGUUCCCUUCCACCCAAAUGUUGACCCCACAACUGGCAAACCAUCUAUGGAUUUUCUCGAUGACCCCAACGCUUGGGAUCGUAAUCAUACACUAAAAAGCAUCUUACUUUCGAUUCAGGAGAUGCUUUCUUAUCCAACAUUACAUGAUCCAAUUAAUUUGGAAGCAGCACAGAUGAUCAUAGAUAACAAAAUUUUGUUCAAAGAUUUAGCGCUGAAGUCGAUGAGUAACCCCCCGAUUAUAAGUGAGUUGGAUAGUGAAGAGGAUGUUGGUGUCAUCUACAUCAAGUCACCAGAAGAAAUAGCGACCCUGUCUGAAAAAAGCAUUAAAGGAAUUUCCUUUGAUGAAUACUACAAGACUUGGUCUGGAAUUGCAACAACACAAACAAAUAAUGGCCUCAAAAUUCCAGUGACUCAUGACCCUAAUUUAAUGGAACAUUUCAUAAAAUGGAAGAGCAAGCAAAAAAAUACAAAUCGAGGCUGGGAUGCCAAAUUUCAUUCCAUCAUGACUAGAAUUGCACAGGAAAAUAGGCUACCUACCAAGUUAGAUAGAAGCUUAAUACAAUCCAUCAAGAGUGCACAGAUCAACACAACCCCAGAUUUAAAUAUUUUGGGUUCUGAGGAUGAAGAGGAACAUGUCCCCAAAAGGCGGAAAAGCAAAAAGAGGACUAGGAAGAGUAAGGCUAAGAUGAAGACUAAAAGUCCCCAAGAAAAUGAUGAUGAUGCAGAGGAGGCUUGGGAAAAAGAAGUGGAGAACCUGGUAGCCUGGACCAACAAACUCAGCACGACUGCGUUAGAAGAUUGAGCCCACACACGAGACAAAAAAAGGACUCUCUUCUGCCUUUCCCAGGCUCAGGGCUUUUUGGGGAGCUGGCCCUUCAGGGUUCUGGUCCUUUAGAAACCCUCUUCUCAUCCUGCUAAGCAGUCAAGUUAAAAUAUAGUUUGAACUCAUUGGAGACACAACGGAGCUGCCUGAAUAGGGAUUGCUUCUUUGGUACCACCCAUCAUUAAGAGAUAGAGCAGCCCCUGGGGCUGUUUUUGUCCAGGGAAAGCUGUUCAAAAUUCAGGCUUAUUUAAUGGGGUGGGAAGGACAAUUAAGAGAUCCACAGUCACUGUGCCAUUGGAAAGAGAUGGAGAACCCUAUGGGUGGACACCUGGGAAAAUGGGGCUUUCUACAAGGUGGGCAACGGGAAGCGCAAAUUAAUUGUUGAAUCCUGCUAACUAGGUUCCAAGGUCUGUUGUUUCUGUGCUUGUACACUGUAUCUCAAUAUAGGAUUGGGGAACUAGUGGGAGCACCCAAGUUUGAGACCUUGGGCCAACAUGAGAACAUGGAGCAUCUGAGAAGAGAGAUCGUAGGAGGUAGAAAAGGAAGGGGAGUGGGAGGGUGCCCCAAACCAACUCUGUCUCCUUACAAAUUCACUUGAGCUCCAUCCCGGUGACAAGGAGGAAAAAGUACUCUUCUGCCUCCUUUCUAAACAACAGGCUCCCUUUCUCUUCCUAGGAUCCAGACAUAAGGUUACUAUAUGAAAGCUAUAACUGCAGUCCUGCUACCGGGAACCUCGCCCGUUUAAGUAGCACUUCUACACAAGGUGGGUUUCAGGUUUCAAAUGGCCCGUUUUCAAACUAUUUUGGAUGGCUCGGCCAUAUUAGUUGGUAAAUCAUUUGUUCUCCAUUCAUUCAUUUCAAUUCAAAUGAAAUAAUCCAAGCAGAUUCCUAUAAAUCAUAGGAUUAGAAACGCAAAGUAGUUUUAAUGUAGAGCAAUGAUCUUAUUCUCCGUGCCAUAUUUCCAAAUAUGAGCCUGUGAUCCAAUCAUCUCAACUUAUGCCAGUAUUUCUGGUCUAGACAAUAUACGUAUAGUUUUACGUCAAGGAGGCCAUAAUGACAUCUCUGAGUGCAUCAAUAGCGCAGCCUAAUUACAGGAGGGGAUGUUGGUGGAUUUAGUCCAGUUGUAGGAAGAAGACAUUGUAUUGUCUCUGAUGAUAUCUGAUGAUGCACUUUUUGUAUUUAUGGUCCUCCCCCUCUGCUGAGAGAAGGUGUCUGUUCCAGGAUCUGCCUUCUGGAGUGUUCGAUAUUGGAAGUUGUCUUUAAUCUUAUUACAAUUCCUUUUCAUUUGCA